GCGGACCCGCAUGGUCAUGCGGAAGUGACACCCGAUUGGUGGAUUGAUUUCUGUCACGUGAGCGGCACAGUUGGUCGCGCGCUCGGUCGCUAAGGCAGUUGGUGGCAGUGGAGCUGGGUUACUUACAGCGGGGCCGGCAGCGCACGUUGGGCAGGCUCUGCAGCAUAGCUGGAAAAACAGCAGUUUACUGAAGCUCUUUAUUACCAACAUUGGACUGCACGUGCAGAUUAAAGUAUGGCAAUGGAGAUCAACUUUCUAAGAGAUCAAAAUCAUAGACUAAAUGCAGCACUCAGACAGCAUCAAGCAGAGAACCUUUUGAGGACUACCUCUGUGCAAAAAAAUGUUGUAAGGGGUGAUGACACAGAGGAACCGUGGCUGACUGACCAAAGCUUACUGUCCCCUCUAAUUGCUGAGUAUGAUAAACAUUUGGAGGAAAUGAGUGAACAGCUGCAGUACUAUCGGACACAGAUGGGUGAGAUGAGACUAAAACUUGAACAAGUCACCAAGGAAAAUGAAAGACUGCACGAGGAAUUGAAAGAGGCUGUUGAAAAGCAGCUGGAGGCCCUUCCUUCUGGCACUCUCUUGGGGAGUGAUGUGUUUGCAGAUGAAGAAAUAGUAAGAAACCUUCAAGAUCAGUUACAACUAGCCAAUCAAGAAAAAGAGCAAGCACUAGAGCUCUGGCAGACAGUAUCCCAGGAACUAGAUCAACUCCAGCAGCAGUACCAGGGGCACAUGACUGAAGCACAGAUUCAUGUGGUAGAAAGGCAAAAGCAAAAAGAUCAGUUGGCUGGCUUUCAACAACUGACUGAGCAACUUCGAUUAGCCAACGAGAAAACACAGUUGACUAACCAACAAUUUUUGAAAACAGUAACAGAACAGAAUAUGGAACUAGAACAGCUACGCAAACAACUGAGGCAAGCCAAAGUAGAUGUGAGAACAGCAACUGCUAAAGUUGAUGAAAUGACCAAAUUGUUAGUGGACCUUCAAGCCCAGAUGGAGAGAAAGGAAGAAGAUGUAGUAUUUGCUCGGGAGAGAGAGGAAGCAUCAGACAAACGCUUGCAGCAAUUGCAGUCUAGCAUAAAACAAUUGGAGACAAGAUUAUGUGUAGCUGUACAAGACACUGAACAGUUGAGAACAGAGAGGGCUGUUCUCGAAAAACAAACCAGAGAACUACAGGCAAAGUGUGCAGAUCUAGAAGAGGAAAAAUAUGAUGCUAUAGCAAAAGUCCGAGACAGCAUGCAACUCUUAGAAGAAGCUAACCUACAAAAAAAUCAGGCCCUGCUCGGAGAGAAGCAAAAAGAAGGGGAGAUAGAAAAUAUGAAAGAAGCAAUUUCUCAGCUUGUACAAGAUGCUGCUGCAAGAACUAGAAAGGAAGUAGAGAAUGCAAGGAAGCAUUACAAUAUACAGAUUUCUCGAUUAACAGAAGAACUUUCUGCUCUUCAAAUGGAAUGUGGAGACAAGCAGAGUCAAAUUGAACGGGCCAUUAGAGAGAAGCGAGCAGUGGAAGAAGAACUUGAGAAAAUUUACCGUGAAGGCAGAGGAAGUGAAUGUGAUUACAGAAAACUGGAGGAACUGCACCAAAGGUGUCUGAUUGCAGAGUGUACAAAAGAUGACCUUCAGCUAUGUCUACAGGCGGCACGAAACAAAAUUAAACAACUGGAAAUGAACUCCGAGGAAGAGAUAUCUCGUUGCCAGGAAAUGGUUCACAAGCUGCAAAGCAUUCUGGAUUCUGAAAGAGAAAACUCUGCCUCUAUCAGUGAACAAAGACUAAAACUUCAUCAAGAAAAUGAACAGUUACGUAAAGAAGCAGAGGACUUGAGGAAACUGGCCAUGGAGGCACAACAAAAAGCUAAAUUAAAGAUAAGCACAAUGGAACAUGAACAUUUAGUGAAGGAGCAUGGGUUUGAGGUUCGACUGAAAGAGAUGGAAGUCACUAAUCGAAAUUCUACUGUUCAACUGAGACGUCUGUUGGUGGCUCAGCAAAAAGCAACGAACCGGUGGAAGGAAGAAACAAAGAAUCUUACAGAAACUACAGAAACCAGGAUCAGUAAUCUGAAAAGUGAGCUGAGUCGACAGAAACUUCAUACACAAGAGCUGAUUUCUCAGCUGGAAAUGGCAAAUGAAAAGAUAGCUGAGAAUGAAAAAUUAAUGAUGGAGCAUCAAGAAAAAGUCAACAGACUUCAAAGGCGACUAACACAGGCAGAACAGAAGGCAGCUACAGCAUCUCAACAGUGAGUGUCAGGAAGAAAGAAAACUCAAAGCUUGAAACUCAAACAUCCCCACUGCAAAUUGUCCUGAAUAGAAAUGUUGCAUAUGUUUAAUAUGUCCUGUCUACCCUGUUUCAACAUUAAAGAUCCCACAUACCUUUUCUUAAGGUAGGAGUUUGGAGUAGGCGUUUGCCUGUGUAACUGUGACCCAAAUUUCAUCUGUCUACGAUUGUGCAGUUUGCUAUGUGCCACUUAUUCCCUUAGCUGUUGCCUUCUACCACAAAGGUUUGCAUUUCAGUGAUGCAGUAUGUAUAAAAAGUAGCAUGUGUAGCAGUUUUGGGAUGAAAGACACUAUCUAUAAAAUGUAAUAUUUCUAUUAAAUAGCUAGUGAUUGGUUUUUACUUAAUAGUCUAAUACCCAUAAAAGAAGGGUGCAACACUGAAAAUCACCACUAACAUGCAGUCCUUUAGACAGACAUUGCAUUAUUUUAAAAUAAUUUGAAUUCUACGUUUCAUGCAUUUUAUUUUAGUACAGCACAACCCCUAUUACCCAAUCCUCAGUCAUUCAAAACUCCUUUGUAUGUGAAAUAGGGUCACAGCCAUGGGUAUAUAUUGAGAAUUCUUUCAAGUAUGCAAAAUCUCAAUUAUCUGUGUUUAUUCCGUCUCCUCCAUGGCAUUUUGCUUAUUGAGAUUUCCGUGGAAUAGUGAAACUAUUGACUGUUUGUU